UGGAGGAAAGCAUAGCAUAGCUAAGGGACACUUUCAAAAGCGGGAGAACUAAAAGUGUUUCAUGGAGGAUGAAACAGCUCAAGGCUCUACUUGACCUCGUAAAUGAAAACGAGGACUCCAUUUUCAAAGCUUUGGCUCAAGAUCUGGGAAAGAGUCCAGUUGAAUCAUACAGAGAUGAGGUAGGGAUUGUAAAGAAAUCAGCCACCUAUAGUUUGAGCUGCUUCGACAAAUGGGUAGCAUUUAAGAAGGGUGAUUUGCCGUUGCUUUUAUUUCCUUCAAAAGCAGAAGUGAUACCUGAACCUCUCGGUGUAGUUCUCAUUUUCUCAUCUUGGAAUUUCCCAAUCAAGGUGGCAUUGGAUCCAUUGAUCGGAGCAAUAUCUACCGGGAACACCGUGAUGCUAAAACCAUCAGAACUGGCACCGGCAUGCAUGUCUUUUCUCAUUCAAGCCAUUCCUCAAUACUUGGACAACAAAGCCAUUAAGGUCAUUGGUGGUGGAGCAGAUGUAGGUGAACGACUAAUUGAGCUGAGAUGGGACAAAAUAUUCUUCACCGGGAGUCCACGAGUUGGUCGCUUGAUCAUGACCGCAGCUGGAAAACAUUUGACUCCGGUUACUUUAGAGCUUGGUGGCAAAUGCCUUGCCAUUGUGCAUAAUACUCUCUCCAACCCUUCAAAAGCAAAGGUGACUGCUAAAAGAAUUAUACGGGGAAAGUGGGGGCCUUGCACUGGACAAGCCUGCAUUGCAAUAGAUUAUGUGCUUGUGGAAGAGAAAUUAGCUUCCACUCUGAUUGUGAUAUUAAUGAAGUGUAUCAAGAGGUUUUAUGGUGAUAACCUCAAAGAGUUGAACAGCAUCUCCAGAAUUGUUAACAAGCACCAGUUUCAAAGAUUGGUUGAUCUCAUGAAAGAUCCCCAUGUUGCAUCCUUUGGCCCAUUGCUUCCAAUAAUUACAGUGAGAGAUUCUCAGCCUUAG